UAUAACAAAACGUGGAUCGGUUGGUACAAUCCGAUUACAUCCGAUAAUCGAUGAUGGAAUUCUAACCGAUUCCCAUCACUAGGGCUAAUUGCUCUAAGCAAUAUACACUUAAAUGUAAGUGAUAACACUGUCUUUCUCUUUUACAGUUUGACUGUAGUGUCCUACUCUUGCUGGAUGAUGAAGAACUGUCUGAUUAUUUGCCUUUAUAUGGAGAUAGGCUUGCUGCAAAGAACUUUGCUCGUAUUCAAGUAGGGGAAUUAAAUUCCGAAAAGGCAACGCGUAAAGUACAUUUAAGAAAUCUACGUGCAAAAAUGCACAAACGAUCACCAGCAUCCGACGACGACGAUCGUUAUGGACCCUCUACAUCGACCAAGUGGACAGGAAACAAAAGUGCUUCAAAGACUACUAGGUGUGUGGAACUAGGAUGGGUGCAUUUGGAUGAGUGUAAUCAUCAGUACAAACAGGUUCGGUCAAAAACUGGGGGAGGAAUACGACAUUUCAAGGUGUCCAAAACUAUUACAGCUGGAGAACUUCUUGACAUAGCUAAACAGCUGUUUUUCCUGGAUGGCAAGUCCAGCAGAGGUCAAAUGGAUGAAUUUAAUGUUAAUAUCAGAGACUUUAAGCACGAUGUUGUCGAUACCCUCACCACAGUUGACAGCAUGUACCAAUGCACUAAAGUGAGAUUGCUUCGUCUCUACAUGAGUACAUGUUGCAAAAAGGACUCACUGGACAUCGCCGAUGAUUCAUCUAAUGAUGAACUUCCAGCACUAUCAGUUGCACCUUCAGAUGAAACCACAGAGGUAAAACUGCCAGCACUAUCAAUUGCACUUUCAGAUGAGACUACAUAUAUCAAUACUAUUAUCGAUGGUCCGAUAGGAAACGAACAUCCUUUAGAAUCAUCAGACAUGCUUGAAAAUAGCACCAGUGACGUUGACAUUAAUUUCCAACAAUUUCCCAGUACCUCAAACGAAGAACUAGAUGCUACAUUGCCCUAUUCUACAGAGCACAUGGCAGGUAACACAAUGAGACUUCAUCGAGGCAACUGCCUCAUGGAAAUGAUAUCACAUUUCAAGGACCCGACAGUACUUUCAACUGAAAUCACUGCGAUCAUGAUUCUUCCAAAUGGCAACGAAGAAUUGGGAUAUGGUGAUGGAAUGUUUAGAGAUUGUCUGACGGAGUUCUGGACAGACUUUUAUGAAAAUUGUUGUGAUGGCAAUGAAAUGAAAGUUCCUGUCAUCAGGCAUGAUUUUCAGCACGAAGAAUGGAAAGCAGUUAGCCGUAUAAUAUACAAAGGAUGGAUUCAGGCAAACUAUUUUCCAAUCCACAUGGUACCAAACGUUAUAGAAAUGGCUAUGUUUGGUACGAGUACUACUGACCUCAUAGAUUCAUUUCUGGACACUCUACCAGCAGAAGACAAGACUACUCUGAACAUGGCGAUGACCAACUUCUCAUCAGAGGAUGUGAAUGACCUGAUAGAAGUUUUAGACAAUUAUAAAUGCAGAACACAUCCGACAAGACAAUUUGAGGAAACUUGUACAGGAACUUGCCCACAAGGAACUCAUUCAGAAACCUAAGUACAUAAUAGACUGCUGGUCAAAAGUCCUGGAAGACAUGGGCAAGGUUCUCAGUCCCGAAGACUUACAGAAAUUGUAUGUGGAAUUGGUACCAACUAAUCGGAAAGUAUGCAAGAUACUUGUACCGCCGAAUGUUAUGUCUGAAUCGGAGAUGGAGACAGUGAACCACCUAAGAUGAUUUGUACGUGAAAUGAGUCCAUCUACAUUAAAGCAAUUCCUGAGAUUCACAACGGGUUCAAAUUUAAUGCUGCAAACGCCCAAUGUCAUUACCAUAACAUUUGCCAAACGAACUGGACUUGGCCGAUGCCCAGUGGCACACACGUGUGGUCGAG